GAAAUUAUUUCACUGCCUGAUCACAGACAUCUCCAACUUUUAUUUAUUUAUUUGUUUUUAAUCUUCACCACUUGUUGCGUUGUGCUCCGCUCUGGCCAUGUGGUGGAUGCUGUUUCCACGGUGGAUUUGGUUCCUGAUGUGUGUGUCGGUGUGGAUGGAGCUCCAGGUCGGAGUUUUGCCCCACAUCACCUAUUCACACGCGGGGAUCUGCCCCAAUGACAUGAACCCGAACCUGUGGGUGGAUGCCAUGAGUACAUGUACACGGGAGUGUGAGUCUGACCAGGAGUGUGAGACCUUUGAGAAGUGUUGCCAAAAUGUGUGUGGCAAUCGGAGCUGUGUGGCAGCCCGAUAUAUGGACGAAAAGAAAGGCCCGGUGGGAAUGCCCAAAGAAGCAACAUGUGCCAGCUUUAUGUGCACCCAGCAGGGCUCGGAGUGUGACAUCUGGGAUGGGCAGCCGGUCUGCAAAUGCAAAGAUCGUUGUGAGAGGGAGCCUCAUUUCACCUGCGCCUCUGAUGGGAUGACCUACUACAACAAAUGCUACAUGGACGCAGAGGCGUGCUCCAAAGGUAUCACCCUGUCUGUUGUCACCUGCCGCUUCCACCUCACCUGGCCCAACACCAGCCCCUCGUUGCCCCAGGCAACCACUCUCCGUCCUACCACUGCGCCUCUCCAGGCCACUAUCCCUCCUCCUACUGAACCUCAGCCACCUGCUGUGGUCAGCAGUCCCUCUCACCAGACUAUAAAUGUUGGCGACACAGCCAGCUUUUUGUGUGACGUGAUUGGUCGUCCAAGGCCUGACAUCACUUGGGAAAAGCAGCAGCCAGAGGGCACUGAUCGGGUAGUCAUGAGGCCCAAUCAUGUACGAGGUAACAUGGUGGUCACUAACAUCGGUCAGCUGGUAAUCUAUAAUGCUGAGCCACAUGACUCGGGGGUCUACACCUGCACAGCCCAGAAUCCAUCUGGUUCAGUGCAGGCCCACCACCCACUCACUGUGUUGCCCACAGAACCAUCAAAGAGCCCAGAAGUUAAGAAUGUGACCCGCUGCCUGCCUGAAGAGUGUCAAAAGCCUUCUGAUGCCCCAGAGGACUGUGGGAGUGAGAUGGAGAAAGUCAGCUGGUACUAUGAACCCAAAACCAACAACUGCCUGUCCUUCACACACUGUCACAGCAACACCAAUGAAAACGAGCCAAAGAAGGUGUUUGACAUGUAUGAAGAGUGCAUGCAGUGCUGUGGUCCAGAACUGUCAGGACCCUGUGGCCUCCCCAGCCUGCAGGGCCCCUGUAAGGCCUAUGAGCCACGAUGGGCCUACAGCAGCACCCUGCGCCAGUGUCAGUCCUUCAUAUAUGGAGGAUGUGACGGCAAUGAUAACAACUUUGAAUCCAAAGAAGCAUGUGAGGAGAUGUGCCCCUACCCAAAAAACCACCACUGCAAAGCCUGCAAGCCAAGAGGCAAGAUGGUGACCAGCUUCUGCAGGAGCGACUUUGUCAUUCUGGGUCGCAUGACGGAGCUGAUAGAGGAGAGGGACUCAGGCCAUGCCCUUGUGACUGUGGAAGAGAUCCUCAAAGAUGAAAAGAUGGGUCUUCGUUUCUUUGGCAAGGAGCCUCUUGAGGUCACAUUCCUCAACAUGGACUGGAACUGCCCCUGCCCUAACAUCACAGGCGCCGCAGCUGAGGGCCAGGUCAUCAUCAUGGGCAAUGUAAACGAUGGUAUGGCCGUCCUACAGCCAGAGAGCUUUGUGGGUAUUUCCAGUCCUCGCCGGGUACGGAAGCUGAAAGAAGUCAUCUCCAAAAACACGUGUGACAUUCUCAAAGCUAUCACCAACAGUCCACUGUAGGUUUAGGGUGUUUUAUACAGAACUGGCAUUAAAAACCUUACCUGACUGCAAAUACAAUAACUUGUUAUCUUCUGAACAUUUAUUGCAGUAAUGUUUUAUUUGUAGAGACCAUUUGUGCUUCACUCUAUGGAUUUCUUUCUGUUUCUGGAAGAAUUCGAGAAAUCAACAGUCUCUCAUUUGACAUUUUGUAUAUUUCUUUGUAUGGCCUGUGGAGCUUCUCUGUUAUGUGUACUCUUUGGUGUUGUUAAUUGAAAUACCACAUAUGUGAACACAGAAGACAUCCAUCAUGAUACUCUUGUUUCCUUAAUCCCCAAGACUCCAUCUUCCCUCAUGCCCUCAUUUGUCUAGAGCAGAAAUGGAGGUUGCAGACUUGCACUAAAGCACUAAGCAGACACAACCAAGCUCAAUUUGUUUGUACAUAUUUUGAUCAUCACAAUUUUCUUUCUCAUACAUCCUUCCUUCCUCUUAUAUGGCACUUUGAAUAUGUAAACAUGCAGCAGUUUUAUGUGUUGGUGUUCUCUUAAGAUUUCUUGUGUUACAUAACCAGCACUUGCACAGAGAGUUGCACAUACAGUAUAAAAAAAGAUGGAGUUGGUUCAUGCAAAUGAAUGAGCUGUAAUAUAUUGUGUUAAUCACUACAUUCUCAGUCAAUCUUACUGCAGAUUUCUUUGUGCCUUUCAUUUUGGCUAUUUAUUAUCAUUUAAGCUUGUCUUUUGUCUUAUUUUUGUACUUCACAUCCACUGAAAUGAUGUGAUAUUUUGAAUCAUGUUGUGUAAUUUGUUAAGAAAAUAAAGAUUUGUAAUUUUC